GGGCCCGCCGCCCGCGCCUCCGCCGACACCGGCCGCGGCUCGCGCGACCUUCCGCGCCGCCCCGCGCGCCCCCCACCCGGCCCGCGCCCCUCCGCGUCCCCGUCCCCCGCGCGCGCCCGGGGGGGGGGCCUGCCCCGCGCCGCCGCGCCCCCUCCUCCUUUCUUCGGGCAGCCCCCCCCCCGGCCUCGCCCCCCCCACCCCGCCGCCGCCUCGCGCCCCCGGAUCGUCGGGCUCCGGCGGCGGCGUGGGUGGGGGGCUUGCGGACCGGCAGGAUGUACCCCCAGGGAAGGCACCCGACCCCGCUUCAGUCCGGCCAGCCCUUCAAGUUCUCGAUCUUGGAGAUCUGCGACCGCAUCAAAGAAGAAUUCCAGUUCCUUCAGGCUCAGUACCACAGCCUCAAGCUGGAAUGUGAGAAGCUGGCCAGUGAAAAGACGGAAAUGCAGCGACAUUAUGUCAUGUACUAUGAGAUGUCCUACGGGCUCAACAUUGAAAUGCAUAAGCAGGCCGAGAUUGUGAAGCGCCUCAGUGGUAUCUGUGCUCAGAUUAUCCCCUUCCUGACCCAGGAGCAUCAGCAACAGGUGCUUCAAGCCGUGGAGCGGGCCAAGCAGGUGACCGUGGGGGAGCUGAACAGCCUCAUCGGGCAGCAGCAGCUCCAGCCACUGUCUCACCAUGCUCCCCCCGUGCCCCUCACCCCUCGCCCCACUGGCCUGGUGGGUGGCAGUGCCACGGGGCUGCUGGCCCUGUCCGGAGCCCUGGCCGCCCAGGCUCAGCUGGCCGCCGUUGCCAAGGAAGACCGGGCAGGCGUGGAGGCCGAGGGACCCAGAGCGGAGAGAGCUCGGAGCAGGAGCGCGUCCCCCUCCCCCCCUGAGAGCGUGGUGGAAGAGGUGCGACCCGGUGGCCCAGGGGGCAGUGGGAAGCCGCGAGCUGAGGACAAGGAUCUGUCGGGACCUUAUGAGAGUGACGAAGACAAGAGCGAUUACAACCUGGUGGUGGACGAGGACCAACCCUCGGAGCCCCCCAGCCCAGCUAUCACCCCAUGUGGAAAGGCGCCCAUAUGCGUCCCCGCCCGUCGGGACCUCGUGGACAGUCCGGCCUCUUUGGCUUCCAGCCUCGGCUCCCCGCUCCCCAGAGCCAAGGAGCUUGUCCUGAAUGAUCUUCCCGCCAGCACUCCCGCCCCCAAGUCCUGCGACUCCUCCCCGCCCCAGGACGCGCCCACCCCAGGGCCCAGCUCAGCCAGUCACCUCCGCCAGCUUGCUACCAAGCCAACGCCUGGCACGGACAGUGUCGCCCUGAGGAGCCCCCUGACCCUGUCCAGUCCCUUCACCACGUCCUUCAGCCUGAGCUCCCACAGCGCCCUUAACGGGGACCUCUCUGUGCCCAGCUCCUACGUUAGCCUCCACCUGUCCCCCCAGGUCAGCGGCUCUGUGGUGUAUGGACGGUCCCCCAUGAUGGCAUUUGAGUCUCAUCCACAUCUCCGAGGGUCGUCUAUCUCCUCUUCCCUGCCCACUAUCCCUGGGGGGAAGCCGGCCUACUCCUUCCACGUGUCUGCCGACGGGCAGAUGCAGCCGGUGCCCUUCCCCUCGGACGCGCUGGUGGGCGCGGGCAUCCCGCGGCACGCGCGGCAGCUGCACACGCUGGCGCACGGCGAGGUGGUCUGCGCCGUCACCAUCAGCGGCUCCACGCAGCACGUGUACACCGGCGGCAAGGGCUGCGUCAAAGUGUGGGACGUGGGGCAGCCGGGCGCCAAGACACCAGUGGCGCAGCUCGACUGCCUGAACCGGGACAACUAUAUCCGUUCCUGCAAGCUGCUGCCGGACGGCCGCAGUCUGAUCGUGGGAGGGGAGGCCAGCACCUUGUCCAUCUGGGACCUGGCGGCGCCCACCCCGCGCAUCAAGGCCGAGCUGACCUCCUCGGCCCCGGCCUGCUACGCCCUGGCCGUCAGCCCCGACGCCAAGGUCUGCUUUUCCUGCUGCAGCGACGGCAACAUCGUGGUCUGGGACCUGCAGAACCAGACCAUGGUCAGGCAGUUCCAGGGCCACACCGAUGGUGCCAGCUGCAUCGACAUCUCCGACUACGGCACUCGGCUCUGGACCGGGGGUCUGGACAACACGGUGCGCUGCUGGGACCUGCGGGAGGGCCGCCAGCUGCAGCAGCACGAUUUCUGCUCUCAGAUCUUCUCCCUGGGCCAUUGCCCCAACCAGGACUGGCUGGCCGUGGGCAUGGAGAGCAGUAACGUGGAGGUCCUGCACGUGCGCAAGCCUGAGAAGUACCAGCUGCACCUCCACGAGAGCUGCGUGCUGGCCCUCAAGUUCGCCUCCUGCGGGCGCUGGUUUGUGAGCACCGGGAAAGACAACUUACUGAAUGCCUGGAGGACGCCAUACGGAGCCAGCAUUUUCCAGUCCAAGGAGUCAUCCUCCGUGCUGAGCUGUGACAUCUCCGGAAAUAACAAGUACAUUGUGACAGGCUCGGGGGACAAGAAGGCCACGGUCUACGAGGUGGUUUACUGAGCACCCCCCCCCCAUCUUCCUGCGCCCCUGGCCUGGCUCCUGGGGGAGGGGCAUCCAGGACAGAGAGCCCGGCACCCCGUCUCCGUUCAUACCCAUGAGCGCCAAGCCUCAUCUGCCCUCCGGCUCGCUCCCUGCCAUCUCCCCCUGCUGGACACGGCGCUGGACGGGCAGGUGGACUUCGGGGAAAUAAAUGUGCUUAUCGCAACUA